GGGGAAUCACCAUACUCCCUUUCCCACAUCAACUCUGAGAUUAUCGGUGAGAGGCUUGAGGCCAGGUGGUUUCUUGGAUGAUGGCGGACCCUGUGAUGCUCCAGUCGGCGGUUCGAGUGCCUACACCUCCGCCAGGCGCGUCGUACUCUCCGCAACCUUCAGGCUCUCGAAAACGCUCUCCCCCUUCUCGUUCGCCCUCACCCAACCGUCGUCGUUCGCCUCCAGCCGGUUCAUCUGGCGAUGGUCCUAAUGCUCCUCGUAUUGACUCAGACCGUGCUAUAGAGAGGGAACGCCAGCUCGCAGAGCGUAUCCGUCACCAUGAGAAGCAAGAAGCUGCGCGGAAACCGCUAACGGAGGAAGAGAAACAAGCUGCAGCAAAAGCAGAGUAUGAGAAGCUUUUGAAUAUGCGGUCUGGUGGUACCUAUAUCCCCCCUGCUCGACUGCGCGCAUUGCAGGCGCAGAUCACGGAUAAGACCAGCAAGGAGUACCAGCGCAUGGCGUGGGAGGCCCUGAAGAAGUCAAUCAACGGUCUUAUAAACAAAGUCAAUGUUUCCAAUAUCAAAUACAUUGUGCCAGAGCUUUUUGGUGAGAACCUGGUUCGUGGACGUGGUCUGUUCUGCAGAAGCAUCAUGAAGGCUCAGGCGGCUAGUUUGCCUUUUACUCCGAUCUACGCUGCAAUGGCAGCAAUCGUCAACACAAAGUUGCCACAAGUAGGUGAACUACUGCUGAGCCGGUUGAUUAUACAGUUCCGAAAGGCUUUUAAAAGGAACGACAAAGCGGUCUGCAUAUCCUCGACCACGUUCAUUGCACACCUGUGCAACCAGCAGGUUGUGCACGAGAUACUUGCUGCCCAGAUUCUUUUGCUCUUGCUUCAUAAACCGACAGAUGACAGUGUGGAAAUUGCUGUUGGACUCACGAGAGAGGUUGGGCAGCACCUGGAGGAGAUGAAUGGCCCUAUCGCCUUGGCGGUGUUUGAUCAGUUCAGGAGCAUCUUACAUGAGGCCGAUAUCGAUAAGAGGGUGCAGUACAUGGUCGAGGUCUUGUUUCAAGUACGAAAAGACAAAUACAAGGACAACCCAGCUAUUAAGGAAGAGCUUGAUUUGGUAGAGGAAGAGGAUCAGAUCACUCAUCGGAUUGGUCUGGAUGAUGAGCUUGAUCCUCAGGAUGGCCUUAAUAUCUUCAAAUAUGAUGCACAGUGGGAAGGGCAUGAAGAAGCCUACAAGAAAUUAAAGGCUGAGAUCUUAGGGGAGGGCUCCGACGAUGAGGACGAGGACGAGGAUGAGACAGACGAGAGCUCAGAUGAAGAAUCAGAUGAGGAGCAGAAGAUGGAUAUUAAGGACCAAAGCAACACAGACCUGAUUAACCUUCGCCGAACUAUAUAUUUGACGAUCAUGUCAAGUAUAGAUUUCGAAGAAUGUUGCCAUAAACUGAUGAAGAUAUCUCUCCCUCCCGGGCUGGAGCCGGAGCUUCCAUCCAUGAUUAUCGAGUGUUGCUCCCAGGAACGAACAUACUCCAAAUUCUACGGUUUGAUCGGUGAGAGAUUUGCGAAGAUUAAUCGCCUCUGGUGUGACCUCUUUGAAGCCUCCUUCGCCAAAUACUAUGAAACUAUUCAUCGCUACGAGACCAACCGUCUGCGGAAUAUCGCUCGCUUCUUUGGCCAUAUGCUUAGCACUGACGCUAUUGGUUGGCAUGUCUUGUCUGUCAUUCAUUUGAACGAAGAAGAGACUACGUCGAGCAGUCGAAUUUUCAUCAAAAUUCUCUUCCAAGAUCUAGGGGAGCAUCUUGGUGUACGGCAGUUGCAGGAACAACUUAAGGAUGAAAUCCUUCGUCCCAGUUUUGAAGGGAUAUUCCCGAUGGAAAAUCCUCGCCACACACGUUUCUCGAUUAAUUAUUUCACCAGCAUUGGGUUUGGUGCUCUCACGGAGGAGAUGCGAGAACAUCUUAAGAACCUUCCCCGACCGGCAGCUCCCGCGCUGCCUGCUCCCACUGCAGACUCGGACUCAGAGUCUGUUGCAUCCCAUUCGACCUGCUCUACUUGCACGGGCUCUCGAUCCCGAUCCCGUUCAUAUUCAUACUCUCGUUCCCCUUCGCGGAGCCGCAGCCGCGGUCGCUCUUACAGUCGCACCGCAUCCAUAUCAUCUCGUGGAAGGAGUUAUUCGCGAAGCUAUUCCUCCUCUCGAUCACGAUCCCCUGUUUCUCGAAGCCGUAAGCGUUCGAUUUCGUACAGUCGUUCGAGGUCACCCAUUGAUCGAAACCGAUCCAUUUCGCGUACACCGCCCAUACGAACUCGCGACCGAUCUUACGAUUCGAGGAGCCCUGUUCGCCGGGGUCCCUACAAGCGACGUCGUUCACCUUCUCGAUCCGUUACACCACCGCGCAGAGAGAAAAACGGAUAUAGUCGGAGAGAGCGAAGCUAUUCCAGGUCACUAUCCCGCUCGCUCUCUCCAUCCCCUAGGCGGGAACGUCAACGUACGUCACAAGGCAGACGCUAUUCGUCAGCUUCAGUGUCACCUGCCCCUCGUAAGAGGCCCGUGAGAAGUGUCUCGAAGUCAGUCUCACCCAGGCCUCGGGCUUCGGGUCGCCGUGGCAGAUACUCCCUGUCUUGCUCACCGAGUGUAUCACGGCAGGGCUCUGGGCGCAGGCGGUAUUCUGAUUCUAUUUCAAGAUCCCCUCCGCCACCUCGUCGACGCAGGUCGCCAUCGAGAACGCCACCUCGCGCACAGGGGAAUCGGGUCCGUGCGGCUGACUACAUCUAAGGAUUCCUUAAAGAAGAAUUCACGAGCUUUAUUGUCUAGUGAGGGUUCGAAUGGGGGGUAAUUUGGGGGUGAGCGUCUUAAGGAAACGUUUGCCUGGAUGGUUUGAUGGAUUGUCUUUUGUCUCCUUUCAUUUGAUCGCGUCUAUGGGCAUCUGCAGUGAUAUCAUGUAUUCAUUCCGGUCAUAGUAUAGCAUACAGAAAUCUGGACUGCAGCACAAGCGUAAGUGGUUAACUAUGACUGGACUCGUGUAAGGAAUAUCCCAGCUCAAUGAUCUAGAUGAAUAUCCAGACAAUAUAAAUCCGAUAUAAGAGUCCUCGGUCUUGACUUCAACAGGUAGGAAUACGAUCAAUUGCUUCCUACAUAAUAGAAUGUUACUCAGAUCCUGUAUCGAUGAAUCUGAAUCUACUGCAAAAGAACUGUUUAGAGCUAGCAAAGAGGCUAGUUAACGGGCGAUAUGACGAGGACGUGGAGAUUUGGGACCGACCGUUUUGACGGUUCAUCUGGAGAGGUAUUUUUGCUAACAGAUCUAUCGGUAUAUACUAAUGGACUGAAAAGACUUCCAUGACUGAGUACGGAGUAGUCUUCAGCGUACUCAGAUCAAUA